UCGGCAGUCUGUGUGCACAGGGGCUGAAGCCAGACACAGAGAUACACAAUAAAGCAGCCGGAAGAGAAAGCAGAGACUGGUUCCGGGGGUCACAGGACUGCAUUCCACUUCCUCCUGCAGGCACAUGAAGGCUCUCUGGUCCCUGGAGAAUGCACCAAGGAUGAGGACAGCGUAACCAUGGCGGGCAUCGAGUGGUUUUAUACCAAGUCAAAGGUCCCGAUUUGUUUAGCAAUAACUGACAGCUGUCACUUUCUGAACAAACUGAAGGAUGGCGGCAUCCUGUCUGAAGAAGAGGCCUUGGAGUUGCAGGGAGACACUAGGAAAGACCAUCGCGUGGUGUACGAAUGUCUGUGCUGGAUAGAGGAGAAGGACAUCAGUGCACAAAAUUUCCUCGAGUUCUUGUUCCAAAAAUCCUUCCUUAAAAAGUAUCCAGAUCUAAAGCCUGUUUAUGCAGAAUACAAAGCGGGAAAAUACCACCAUGGCAUUCACAGUAUGGGGGACGAGGACAAAGACCUGCUGAUAUUUGCUCAGGACAAAGUUCGGAUCUGUUUAACGAUCACAAAUCGUUUUCCUUUCCUGCAUGGAUUGCAAGAUCUAACAAUUCUCUCAGAAUCCGAGUCUCUAAAACUGCAGGCAGAUGAGAGGCCUGUCUCUCGUGUCAUAUAUGAAUCUUUGUCAUUAAUAGAGAAGAAGGACAUGAAAUUAAAUAUAGUGUUUGAGUACAUAUUCCAGCCCUGUUACCUGAAGCUGUAUCCUGGCCUACAGGACGUAUUACAAGACUACCAAUCCAGAGUCCGAGCAAUGUCUACACACUCCAUUCAGCAGCAAAACUGUAGUUACACCAGGAUCCAGUUUGGGGCCACAGCAUUCAGUAGUACCCUGGAUGAAAAUGGAGUGCGUGAAUCAAGCACGCUAUUUAAUGGAGGACUAUACCCAAUGUUCAGCAUUGCCACUGAUAUAGUUGAUGUUUUUGAUCACAAUAAAACCUAUAUAUGUGAAGCUGUAAAUGAGCGAUUUCCUUUUCUACACGGAUUACAUGAUUUUAAGCUGCUUUCUUACCUACAGCUGUUGAAGCUUCAAGCUGACAAGAGGUCCACCAUAGAGGUGCUAUAUGAAGCUCUGAGUCAAAUCCGGACAAUACAUGACCUUGAAAGCUUAUUUGCCUAUGUGUUUCAAGAAUUCUACCUCAAGCGCUACCCUGGACUCCAUAUAAUCUUGAGAUGUAUAAAUGCAGCAUUGACACUAGACAUCUGUCCACCUUAUCCAGUAUCCUGUACAGAGAAAAGCACUGAAAUCCCCAAUUUAACUCUUGCAGUGAUAGUAAAUGAUGAAAAUAUUAAAAUAUCUGAGGAGUCCUCCAGGAUGCUUUCAACAGUGUUGUAUGAAGAUGACACCCGAGACGUCCAGGAGAAGGAAGCCAGUGAAUCUGCAAAUGUGGCCAUACAGGAGAACUCCAGUGAACCUAUCCUAGUGGCCGUAAAAAAUGAAAUGACAGAACUACCUGAGCAGAACGCCAGUGAACCUUCCCCAGUAUUGUAUGAAGAUGAAACCAGAGAUGCCCAAGAGCAGGGUCUCAAUGAGUCACAUAAAGAUGAAACCAGAGAAGUCCAGGAGCAGGAUUCGAGGGAAUCUUCGUCAGAUUCAGACAACACCUUGCCACCGUCUGUCAGAAAAUGCAGAAUGCAGCCUAUUAGUUAUUCUGAACCACCAGAUCUCGACUGGGAAGUUAAUAACAGAAUACAGAAGCACAAAGCUCCAGAAAGCCCAAAAUGGCACAAGUACAGAAAAAGAAAAUUCCACAAAACCAACAGCCAUGCUUUUAUAAAGAGCAUAUUGGAAGAGAGGCCUGAUCCAGCACAAGCUCCAGAAAGCCCAAAAUGGCACAAGCUCAGAAAAAGAAAAUUCCACAAAACCAACAGCCAUGCUUUUAUAAAGAGCAGAUUGGAAGAGAGGCCUGAUCCAUCACAAGUGACGAGACCCGUUUCUGUAAUGCUGGAGUUCCCCAAGCAAGUUUUCAAUGACAAAUUUAAAGUGCGAUGUGGCACCAAGACUGGUAUAUUCAUGAAGUCACACUGGACUGGAGACUCGAGAAAUAGCCUGUGCAUUUGUUCUGAAGGCAAGAGAUUUUCUGUAAUAACCUUUGAGAAAUAUGGAGGAAAAGAAUUAAGCAAAAACUGGAAGAAAAGUAUUCAUUGUGAGAAGAUCAAAUUGGAAGAUUUAAUGGAGGCUGGAAUCCUGAAACCUGCCAAGUGGACCAGAGGACUCGCUGGCUCAUCGGAUUGGAUUGUCACCAUCUACAAUAAUAAAGGUUCCCCGGAGCUCUUCCAAGCACUUGUCUAAAGAUCUCCAAACAAGGAGCUGUAAAGCCUAUGGGACCACACAACUACCUUAUGUCACUGGAAGAUCUCUAGGGUCCAGGUGCGACUUCUACCUCUGCACUCACAAGAACUACACCCUUGGCCCCACACCAAAUGGAUCUUCUGAUAAGUGUUAUACGCCUGGAGGAACGCCAUAAAGCAUCAUUUAAUGCAGACGUAAUAUGCUGCUGCCACCUGCUGGUAACAAGGCUAAGCACAGAUGGGACAUUUGCAGUACUGUAUAAUACUGAUUGCAUAUAAUAGAAUUUGCUAUGAUCCAAAAUGCACAGUGAUAAGGUAGAAGUGACAAGACUUCUCAAAGGUCUUCAUGAUGGGUUCUCAGCAACCCCACAAUACAGAUGUUGCAGUAAAUUAUAUGAUUGAUGUUAUAAACACCAUAGCCAGUGUUUAGUGACCUAAAGGCUUAACAUAAAGGGAGUGUUCCAUUAAAUAUAAUAUACUGCAGCAUUAAUCAUCUGGAAUAUUUCCAAGUAUACUAGAUAAAUCUUUAUAGCACUGUUUCUCCAGUGCAAAGCACUAGUUUGCUGUUCCCCACAAAAAUUUUAAAAUGUCAGCUUCCUGUAACCAUUACUAGAGGGUGGUCUGUAUACAGCUUAUUUUCAUGCAUACAGAUUGCCCUCUAGCGGUGGCAAAAGGAAGAUUUUAUUUUUUUAUUUUUUUCAUUAUGUGUUGGAAUAAAGAAUUGUGUAUAUAUACUGUAAAUAGUGUAAGAGAAGUGGUGUAGCAAGUUUUUGUACCAUUUAUCAGCUGAAACCUCUAAGUAUCUGCUAUGGUGACCCUACAGAACUGCUUGAUGUCUAACAUGUAAUACAUAGAUAUAUGGUCAUUACUAGUGUUGAGCGAAUGGGGUUCGGGCUGCUCUAUCUGAACCCGAUUAGUUUCAAGCCUUUGAUUAUAAUAUGCGCUCUUUACUGAGGUAAAAUGUAUGGAGGCCUUCUUCUAGCCACAAGUAACGUGAGACUUGCUUAGUCUCGAGCCUGCGACAUUACAGUUCGGCAGAGGCGGCUCUAGACUUUGUGAGGCCUUAGGCGAAACUCAAACAUGAGGCCCCCACGAAGAUUGUUGAGAUGCUCAUGAUCUCCCAUACGGCGCCCCGGCUCAGUCCUCAAGAAAUAAGCUGUGUCAACCACUGCACGGAGCGGUGGUGUGGUCAACACUCCCCCUCCAUGUAUCUCUAUGGAAUACUUGGAGAUACACAAGUAUGUGUGUGUGUAUAUAUAUAUAUAUAUAUAUGAGCUCACACAUACAUCAACACACACAUACAUAAUAAAUAAUAAUAGGAAAUAUACAUAUACAUACAUACAUACAUACACACAUGCACAUGCAUAGACAUGAUGAAUGAUAAAUGAACAUUGUAACCAUAUAUAGCAAAUAGGGGAAUUUGAUAGUUGCAUGAUCCAGACAUUUGAAUAAGUAAGGAUUUAUAUCAAAUUUAGAGACUGGUCCCAUACUGGCUCAAGUUUUAGAAGAAUGAAUGAAUAAAUAAUGAAUUAAUUGAAUUCAUGGGGAACAUAUAUCAAUGGUAUGGACAAAGAUAAAAUGAAUUGGAGUGGAGUGGAAUAAUCUAUAAUGUUGAAGUAGCAUAGCAGGGAUGUGGGCCAAAAGCGGUUAUUGAUGUGGUGGCAUAAAGCACAAAUUACAAAGUGGAUAGGAGAUGUGGCUGCCGGUUUUACCUGUGGGGUCCGUGCAGGGGUUUGGCGCGCGGCCUUGCACACCUGCUGGAAGGCGCGCUCAGAAGAACAGGAGGGAGAGGGGCGGAGUCUGGGAUUGACAGCUGCUCGGUCCGUCGGACCGGAGCUGUCAUUGUGAACAGCGCAUGUGCCGAGCGCUGUGUUUGAUGCUGGCUCCCUGAACAGAAAUCGCUCACAGGGAGAAUGUCAUGCAUAGUGAUAGCUGGAUUGGGGAAAUGAAUGCAGGGGAAUGGUGUGGGGGUGAACGGAGACUAAAAGGAUGGUAAAAUUAUAUUAUAUGGCUGGUAGAAUAAGGCAGAUAUAAACUAGAUGAUAGGGGAAAGGCGUGAUAUAAAAUUUAUACACCCAAAAGACUAAUGGUGUAAGCACAAUUGGAAUGGGGGAGCGUUGAUGUUGACCUGGUAAGAUGGUGACAGGUGGAAGGAGGGAAAAGGGGAAGAAUUAGAGGGGAGAAGGGAAACAACAAAAUGAAACUAGUAAGAGGAUGGGCCAGAAUGAGUGGUGGGGGGAAGACUAUGGUGGCGGGGGGGCUGUGUACUAUUGUGGGGAGGGGGAAGAACCUAUGUGAGGGGUGCAUCAACAAGAGAUGUAGGCAAAUUGGAUAGAUGGCAAGUGGCAGUAGGGACAAUUUGAUGGAGGAGACAUGUUAGGUGGUGUAUGAGGCAAUAGAGUGGUGGCUGAUCUGGGAGUGGGCUGGUGAGGGAAAGGACAUAACCCAGGACCAGUAGUUGGGAGAGGACUGGUCAGAAACAAUUGCUCUCCAGUGAUUUGUUUAGACCAUGAGGUUCUAUGGUUUGCAUCUUAAAAAUCCAAAACAUUUCUUUCCGUCUCAAUUUCUGAAACCGGUUCAAGUGGGUAGCUGGAAUUUGUUCAAUCUGAGUUAUGGAAAGGUUUGUUGGGUCUUUAUUAUGGACUUGGGAUACACCAUGUUUGGUGAAACCAUUUAUUAUGUUCCAGCGGUGUUUAUUGAUCCUUUCCCUCAAUGUUUGAGUGGUGCGGCCUAUGUAUUGUAGUCCGCAUGUACAUUCUAAUAGAUAGAUGACGUAGCUCGAGGAGCAGUUUAAAAAGGAUUUUAUCUCAAAUUGCUCUCCUGUAGAAUUACUUGAGAAUUUUGAGAUCCGAGAGGAAAUAUUCAAGCAACAUUUGCAACGGCAGUGUCCACAUUUAUAGCUUCCGAGUAGUUGGGGAAAAAAAGUGAUGGGGUUUGUUAUGUUCUUUUUGCAGUCUCGUAGUCUGCUUGGAGCGAUAAUAUUUUUAAGCGUUUGAGCCCUCCUGAAUGUUAAUUGAGGUUUUUGUUGGAUGUGUUUUUUUUAAAAAGGGAUCCGCCUGUAAGAUAUGCCAGUGUUUAUUAAGGGUAUUCCGCAGAGUAUUUUGAUUGGUAUUGUAUGUCGUAAUGAAAUUGGAUUUAAAAUUUUCUGUGGCCUUUGAGUCAUCUGGUUUGGUUGUACAUGAAGUGAGACACUCUGUUUGUUUGGGUGUGCUCCUCGGCUCGCUGAUAAGCUGCGUCUAUAAUUUCCCUGGGGUACCCUUUCUUUUGAAAUCUUCUUUUGAUGACUUGGCUUUGGUUUCUAAAAUCUUCAUCCUUUGUACAAUUUCUGCGUAUGCGCUUAAACUGACUAAAUGGAAUAUUAUUUUUCCAUUUUUUGUGAUGGGAACUCUGGUAAUCCAAAUAACUGUUACCGUCAACUUUAAAAAAAAAUGUUUUGGUCUCUAUAGUUUUUCCUUUUGAGGAUAUGACCAAAUCUAGGUACUCUAUGGCCACCUUUGAAUAGUUUCGCGGUAAAGGUGAGAUUAAAUGUAUUAUUAUUUAGGUGAGAUGUGAAGCUGGCAGCGUCUUCCAUAUUUCCCUCCCAAAUUAGUAGCAGAUUGUCAAUGUACCUCCUGUAGAAAAUCAAUUGCUUGUGCCAGGGGUGUUUAUUAUAGAUAUAUUGGGUCUCAAAUAGACCCAUAUACAAAUUUGCGUAACUUGGCGCGAAACGCGUGCCCAUCGCGGUCCCUUUUGUUUGCUUAAAUAUUUAGUUUUCCUUUUGGAUAGGGGAUUUAUUUUCCUAUCCCGGAGUACCCCUUUAAUAUGCAGUGACAUCACAGUAAAGGGUUAAU